AUGAAAGUUGCUCUCAACGCAAUGCUUGAAAGGAAAACCGUAGAUUGGAUAAGAGAAACCAGAAUUUGCGCAUUUGAAAAUUGCGUAAGGCCAACGUUCUUAACUAUACGUGCAAACAAGGCCUUGAGUGACUAUUCCAACACUCUGGGUAUGUUUUGGAACGAAAUCAUCAAUGAUAACACCGACCACUUAAUUUCCUUAACAAACCAGGUUGCAUCGUCAUAUAUAACGUUAACAGGAUUGUUCAAACAGUACGGAACCGCUGGACAAUUGAGUUCUCCUUAUAAUAAAUUUUGCCAAAUCACAAAUUACAACACAGAAAGCCAGAAUACCAAUUUUGCGUAUGCGCUUGUAUCCAGAUCUGGCAAUAAAGGGGAAUCCUCGUUCACAUGUUCUCAUUUGACCCAGAAUCUCUUUGUAUAUAUGGCAAUUUGCUUAUUAAUCAUAAAUAUGUCGAUAAACUUAUACAUGGACCUGAAGAUCAAUCAGAUGUGGAACGCCUCCAUCGAUGCCUUCAAGAUUAUUCAAUCUGUUGCAGCUGGAUCUUUCGUAUCAACAGUAAUUCAGCUGAAACCUUCCUUAAACAUCUCACAGUACGUAUACUCUAACAAAACAUUUGAUUCCAAGCUGGAAAACUUAACAGGCGACUUACAAAUCUUUGUAAAUGAAAUUACAAAGCAUUUAAACGAAUUAAAAGCCUACAAGACCGAAGAUUUCUCUCAGAUAAUCAAUAAAUGGCUUGUUAAACAGUUCAAUGUUACCAGAUUCCCUUCAACUGUUGAAACAGCUCUUGGUAUUUUGGCAUCUAGUUACCAAAGCGUUGUUUCAGGUAAUGUUCCUAGUUACGAUGGCUUGUAUGUUAAAGGGAGCACGGAUUUGAUCAUUUAUUCCCAGAAUCUUUACGAUACAAUUUCGGAAUUAAGCAACUACGCGAUCAAAAUGGUUCAUGACUAUUCCAGGGUGAUGAGGAUCGUUAAUCUGAGCUUCAUUUUCAUUGGUUUGCUUCUAAUGAUACUUUUUGCGUUCAUUAUGUUGAAAUCCAUAUUAUCCUUCUUCCAACCGCUGUUCAAACUGUCCAAAACCGACCUAAUUACGAUCACGAAAGAGCUGAUUUCGUGGGUAAAGGACAAUCACCAGCAACAAGAGGAUAAUAACAUAAGAUACAACAGGGAACUGAUUAUUUCGAAGACACAUACCAAUACUUACACCAAUUCCAUCUUCAGAAAUAAUCUAAUCUUCAAAAGAUUUUUUAUGUAUUUGUUAUUCAUCAUAAUACUGACUGUUUACUCCGAAACUAUAUGCUCUACGCUGAAAGGAGAUGCUACAGAUAUCGGUUCGUCACUUUACGCUUAUUUAAUGCCAUAUCAACUUUUGAAAAUCGGCCAACUCUUCUUGUUAGCGAGAAAAGAUGUAGUAUAUAACAAUAAUGUCUCGAAUACAAGAAGGUUGCUCGAAGAAAGUACUUUGGAAUCGAAUAAUUUUAUGAGAUAUCAAUGUACUACGAAUUCUAAAGAACCUGAUAUGGAGAAAUUUAAUCGUAUAGUAAGCGAAUUGAAUCUUAAUGGUCAAAGAACUGUUCUGGCCGACGAAUCUGAUAUAAAUGAAACUGCCACGCAAGAAAUGAGGAAAGCGCACAUCAAGAACCUCUAUACCAUGAUAGAAUUCGCUCGUAAGAUGGUGAACACCGCCGUGGCCAAGUUUGCCGCUUCUAACCCGAGAGUUAUGGAUAUCGCACUUUACAUAUCUGUUGAUAUUUCAUCACCGCGCGACCAACGAUCACUUUUCUCAGCUAUAGACAACGCGGCGUUGAAUAUCUACGACAGCUUGAACAAGAAUUACAAGAAUGAGGACUUCCGGUCGUUGGUUGUCCAAAUUAUCAAGAUAUCAACGACAUAUUCAGACUUUUGUGAAGUUUCCAUUCAGAAGAACUUAGUUAUUCAGCGAGAUAAUAUCAUGUUCUCUAUAACCAUGCAAGCUAUCCUUUCUUUCUCUCUCAUUCUGUUUGUCCUGGCCAUAUAUACUACAAACGGUACUUUCUGGUUGAAUUACGACGUUCUGACGAAAUGUAUAAUUUCUAGUCUUCCGAAAUUCAACAACAGCAACGGUUCGUUAACAGAUUCCAUCAGUUUAUCCACACGAGAAGAAGAGAUGAAGAAAUCGAGUGCUGUUGUCGUUGAUAUAAUGAACUCAUAUGAGCUUAGAGAAGAUUUAUUAGAACACCAUAUUCUUUUGAACUCGAAUGAGAUUGUUGUAUCAUGUAGUUCAUUAAUCGAAGACUUUCUGAGCAGUCCUCCAAUGCUUGGCCGGAAAUUCGAUGAUUGUAUCAACAGUAUCGGUACAAUUAUUCCAUCAGAGCUUACAAAUGAUGAUUCCAAUGGCAAAGCAACGCGUAUUUUGUUUCGGCCGAAAGAUGAAAAGAAAAGAGACAUAAUCAUGGAAAUCUUGAAGUACAAAUUCGACAAUCUAGAGAUGAAAGAAGGAAAUGUUAGUUACGUAUGUGUAAUCACUGAUAAAACAAAAGAAUACGAAGCAACAGUUUUAUGGAGAAAUGAAUUGAACCAAUUAAAAUUGAUUGGUUUACAAUUUAUGCCAAGUGAAGUUUACGACUCACUUACAGGUGAUGAAAGUGUUACUACUUUACAGAUAAAUAACGCAUAUGUUAGUACAUUUUAUAUCAGAGGAAUUAAAGGAAUUGAUACUAUUUCUGCAGUGAAACAAAUUGUUAUUUUGGGAUGUAAAGAAUAUAAUCAUAUUUGGCCAGUUGCGAGAUCAACAAUUGCGAUCAAAUUGUACUCAGGAUUGUUGGAUCAGAACAUUUCACAUUUCAGAGCAUUGAUAACUCUUCUGCAUGUUUCGUUACGGAUAUCAAAGAAUUUGUCAGAUAUCAAUGUCGAACCACACUGUGUCAUUUCUAAAGUGAAAGCAACACACGCGACAUUCGGAAUUGAUACUCCUCCGAUAUUCGAAAUGAGAGAUGACAACCCUUACGACUUGAUUCUCGCAAUGGGUUCUCCCGCGCACAAGAUAUCUAUUUCGCGUGAACCAUACGAGAUUUUGUACAACACAGGAAUUCCUACUGAAUUCGCUUUCUACUUCAGAUCUGAAGGAUUCCACAAAGUUUCUUACGACACUAUUAAUGAAGUCGAAUCUAUUAUUGAACGAGAACAAAUGCAAUUAGCAAUUGUUUGA